GCGCCCGUUGUUGGGAGGCGGCAUCGGGCGGAGAGCUGCUGUUAGUUUGCGCUGUGUUUAUUGUUAAGGUUGUGUGGAUCAGCACUGCGGUACCAGCCGGACUUCAUGAGACCCGCAGCGGGCCGCAGGGGGAGGAGAGGCACCGGGGUCUGAUCUCCCUUGCUGGGAUGACCGCUGGAGUUUCUGGUAGAAAUAAUCCACAGAAGAAAACAUGAACGGAGGAACGCUGAAACGCCGGCCAUGAGGAAGCACCAGAACUGAUCCUGAUCCAACCUUCACCUGCCUCCACGUCGGCCCGGCGAUGGCCAACUCUGUGGCCCUCGUGGUCCAAGCGGAGCUGCUCCCUCCUCAGUCCGCCGCCUCGCUGUCUCCGUUCCCGUCGCUGCUCGGCUCGGCGGAGGACGGCGAGGACGAGCGGCACCGGGGGGAGCUGGUGGAGGCCGACAAGGGCGUGGCGGAGGGCGGGGAGGAGGUGGUCCUGGACAUGGUGUCGGCGCCGGCCCAGCAGCCCGAGCAGUCCGACCAUCCUUUCCAGUGUCUGGACUGCGGCAAGAGCUUCAGGUGGUCGUCCAGGUUGACGCAUCACCUGAGGAGCCACAACAACGAGAGACCUUACCGCUGCAACCUCUGCCCCAAGGCCUUCAAGGGCUCCUCGGCUCUGCUCUACCACCAACGGUCUCACUCCGGGGAGAAGCCUUAUAAAUGUCAGGACUGUGGAAAAGCCUUCAAACGUUCCUCUCUGCUCCAGGUCCACCAGAGUGUCCACACCGGGCUUCGGACCUUUUUGUGCCCCUUUUGCCCCCUGACCUUCAAGUGGAGCUCCCACUACCAGUACCACCUGAGGCAGCACACUGGUGAGUGUCCGUAUCCCUGCGACACCUGCCCCAAGGCCUUCAAGAACUCCAGCAGCCUGCGGCGCCACAAGAACGUCCACCUGGGUCUGAAGCCGUACACCUGCUCCGUGUGCAACAAGUCCUUCACCCAGUCCACCAACCUGCGGCAGCACAUGAGGAUCCACACCGGGGAGCGGCCCUACAUCUGCAGCGAAUGCGGCCGCAGCUUCACGCAUUCGUCCAACCUGGCGCUGCACAAGAACUCCCACACCAACCUGAACGCCGCCGGCAAGGAGGCGAAGAGGAGCGAGGACGGGAGGAAGGGCGGCGACGUGGUGGAGGUGGUGGUGGGGGCGGAGGAGGUGACGUCCUCCAUGCUGACGGACAUGGUGGGGUUUGUGAGCCAGGAGGGGGCCGAUGGAGUCGGGGUGGGGAUGGAGGAGGUGUUCCUGUCCACCGCCUCCUCCGGCCAGACUCCGGGACUCCUCCCCCAGCUCACCCUCACCCCCUCUGGGGAGGAUGCGUGCGCGUCCAGGGCCAUCGGGACGGAGGUCCACCUGAGCACGGACACCGGCGCCAGCGUCCUCCUGUACAGCUGCGGCAGCUGCAGCCACACCUUCAGCACCAGGACCGACCUGGAGGAGCACCAGGCCAUCCACAUGGCCCCGGAGGAGCACGGGUCCAGGGGGGAGGCCGGGCACGGAGCCGGGAUGGAGGUCGGAGACGGCCUGGUGGGAGCCGGACACCUGCUGGCCGACUUUGAGGAGGUGGUGGAGACAACUACGGUGGCUGAGAGUGGACACACAACAGAAGUACUGCUGGGAUUAACAGAAGGAACCGAAGGAAGCAGUACGAAUGCCGGCACCACCCAGGCCCAGUUUGACCUGCUGCAGAGCUUCACCGAGGUGACUCAGAGCUCUGAGGCCACUCAGCCGGAGGCCAGAACCACAUGGGCAGGGCUGUCAUGUGGCUACUGCAAUAAGAGCUUCAAGACCAGUGGAGGCCUCAACAGACAUGUGUCGCUGAUGCACUCCCUGUCCUCCCAGUCCCGCUCCCAGUUCAGCUGCUCGGCCUGCGACCGCUCCUUCCCCCUGCUGUCCUCCCUCCUCACCCACCAGCACUCCCACACUCCGGAGCAGCGGCUGCUGGCCGAGGCCGAGGCCGAGAUCGUCUGUCCCCCGUCGCUGUCGCUGUCGCUGCCGCUGCCGUCGUCCCCCGGCCGGGCCGACAAGCAGCAGGAGGGCCGCAGGGAGAUCCACGUGGACAUCAUCACCGUGGGGGACGAGCAGGAGGAGCAGCCGGUCAAAGCCAGCAAAGCUCACAAGAAGACGGGACCCAGCAAGAGCGCCGCCGCCGGAGAGAGGCCGUACCGCUGCUCGGAGUGUGGAAAAGCCUUCAAAGGUUCGUCGGGGCUGAAGUACCACAUGAGGGAUCACACUGGGGAGAGGCCCUACCGCUGCACCGAGUGUGGGAAGAGCUUCAAGAGAUCCUCGCUGCUCUCCAUCCACCAGAGGGUCCAUACGGGGGUCCGGGCCUUCCAGUGUCCUCACUGUCCUCUCACCUUCAAGUGGAGCUCCCACUACCAGUAUCACCUGCGGCAGCACACAGGUGAGCGUCCGUACGUCUGUAAGGAAUGCGGGAAGUCCUUCAAGAACACCAGCUGCCUGCGGAGACACAGUCAGAUGCACUCGGGUCUGCGUCCUCACACCUGCUCCGUCUGCUCCAAGUCCUUCUCCCAGACGUCCAACCUCAAGCAGCAUGAGCGGACCCACUCCGGGGAGCGUCCCUUCCAGUGCACCCACUGCAGUAAAAGCUUCACCCACUCCUCCAACCUGCAGCUGCACCUCCGCACCCACUCCUCUCGCAAAGACUUCAAGUGUCCCUUCUGCUCCAAGGAGUUCGUCAUGCACUCCUACCUGCAGAGACACAUCCGGACGCACGGCGGCGGCGUCUCCCUGCAGGGGGGCGGCGGCAAGGACGGCGUGUCGGUGAAGGCGAGCGUCGGCGGGGUGACCACCACCACCACCCUGCUCAACCCCAUCACCCUGGAAGCGUCGGGGAGCAGCGGCAGCCUGAUCGUGUCCCAGCCGGCGCUCAACAUUCCCCCCAACACGUCCCAGAACUACUUCAUGAUCCAGACCGCCAGCGGCCUGCAGCUCAUCCCUCUGUCCGCUCCAGCGCCGCCGCCUCCUCCGCCGCCGCCUCCGUCGCAGCCCCAGAACUUCCUCCUCCUGCAGUGUCCGGCGAACAGCGGCGGCCAGUCCAGCCUCAUCCUCGUCCCGACGGCCGCCAACCCUCCGGAGAACCUCCCCGUCCUGCAGACCAUCCAGACAUUCCAGCCGCAGAUCACCCAGUUUCCCUCCGUUCAGCAGCAGCAGCAGACCAGGAUCAUCAUCACCAACAACAACAACACGCACGCUCCUGUUGCCGCGGCGACGCACAGCUACCUGCUCAACAGGCCGAUCCUGGGGAGGAGCACGAGGACAGCUCGGGGCCGGCGGGGACGGAAACCCAAAGCCGCUCUCCAGAAACCCGCGAAUCCUCCGGUGACUAAUGGCCACACUGCAGCAACGGAGCUGCUGCCGCCACCGCCCGUAUCCACGACAACGGACACCUCAGGACCCCCGCCUGGCGUCGCCACGGCGCCCGUCCCGGAGAGCCGACCUCACCCCGCCGCCGAGCAGACGAGUACGGAGGACGGCGUGACGGGGAAGCAGUUUGUGUUGUGCUUCGAUAACGAGGGCCGGGCCAAGGAGGGGGUGAGGAUGGGGGAGGCGGGGGAGUCGUACGUGCUGCAGUUCGAGGGGAACCCGGCAGGGGGGGAGGCGGACAGCGGGGUGGGCGGGGACGGGAAGUCGCUUGUGCUGCAGUUCAAAACGGACGGCGAGGCGGAGAAGGGGGGAGACAAGGCAGGGGUGAUGUCACUGCUGCACCAGUGGGGGGAGGAGAAGGCGGGGGAGGGAGCAGGCGCUGUGGGGGAGGGCGGCCGGCGGGAGUCGUACGUCCUGCACUUCCACACAGAGACGCAGGGCGGCGCCGUCAGCGGAGGCCGAGAACGAAGCCUGCAGCUUUCCUGCUCCAACGCCCAGAGCCUGGUGCCUCUGGACGGGCAGGAGGUGGUGUUCGAGCUGGGCGGGGGCGCCAAGAUGGAGCCGGAGACCGAGGAGGGGAUGCAGAUGAUCGCCCUGAUAGAGGGCGAGGGAGGGGUGAUGGCGGGGGAGGAAGGGGCAGGGUGCAGCGAUGCGAGCGGCGGAGGCGGCGGCGUCACCGAGGGCGGAGCGGCGGCAACGGCGUCCAUGGAGGGAAUAUUUCAGCUGGAGAGCGGAGACGAGAUCGUCAUCAUCGAGGUCAGCACCAGCAGCCUGAGGGAGGGGAGGGGCGAGCGAGGAGGGGAGGCGGAGCUCCCACAGGCGGAGGAGGUGAAGGACAAAUCCGGAAACCAAGAACCGGACGGAGCUCAGAGCGACGACACCAUCAGAAACGGACCUAUCAGCAAAGAGAUGCUCUAA